AUGAUGCAAGGAACCAUGGAUUACUUGCUGUCGACUGCGUCGUCGGUCUCCCCCAAAGUCUUGGUGGGGGCCAGCGCGUGCACUUGCUUCGUCGCCGCGAGCUGGGUCCUCAACCGGUGGCCUGGCCUUCUUUGGCAGACGAAGCGCAUUUUCAGCAACCCGCCAAGGAACAUCGCGCAUAGAGGAGGACAAGCUGAGCGAGCAGAGAACACCAUCUUGGCUUUUUCGUACGCCGUAAACGACUGCAAGUGCAGAAUGAUUGAACUGGACGUCUGGAUGACCAAGGACAAAGUGAUGGUGGUUGCGCACGACGAUAACAUUGAACGUGUUACGGGGCAGAACAUGCUGAUUAGCGAGACCAAUUACGCGGAUCUUCCUCCCGUGCUCGACUCGGACCACCUGAAGGACUGCCACAUGGAGUUUGUGCCUGGUUUCAAGGGUUUCCCCGUGAAAUUCUCGCCCCAGCCACUUCCUCGGCUGGAGGAUGUUUUUGCUGAGUUUCCAGACACCACUAUGAACGUGGAUAUCAAGGCCGAAGCCGACCCGCAGAGCGUGUCCAAGACGCUGGACCUUGUGCGGAAGUACAACCGCGUAGACAAGACCGUUUUCGGAUCUUUCGACCAGCGUACCCUGAAACUCAUUCAGGAGUACGAGAAAGACGCAGUCAUCUCUAUUGGUCCCACUCGCGCGAAGCUUCUGGUCUUCGCCUACUACACAGGCCUGAUGCCAUUUCUGCCCAUCCCGGAGAGAGUGUGGGAGUUCCCCGUCUGCAAGUACUAUUUCCUGUCCUGGCUAGGCAAGUCAACAGGGAAGUGGGAAAGCAGGCUGCCCUGGUUCUGUGCUGGUUUUGUCAAAGGAUUGUGUUACUUGUAUGCUUGGACCUCGUUCAAGCUCAUCACCAAUCCGAACUUUGUCGCGGCUCUGAAAAGGCGCGGUCUCGUGACCUUUGGAUGGGUCGCCAACACUGCGGAAGAAUUCAGCGACGGCUACUACCGUGUCGGAUGCGACGGGCUGAUGACAGACAGACCUGCUCUCCAGGCAGAGUGGCUCUGUAGCGAGGGACUGGACGACACCGCGCCUGCAGAGAAGGACAAAGAACUGUAA